AUGGACCUCGAAAUCUUUCUCAUUAUCGCCGAGGAAGCUGAGCUCCCAGCUCUUUCAGCCCUCAUGCGCACAAAUAGUCGAAUUUAUUCUGGCAUUGUCGAAUACGAGCAAUCAAUUUGCAAGAGUCGCAUGCAAAGAUACAUGCUUCCUCCUAGCUGCGACGUUGUCUGUACUCGAACACCUGAGCGAGAGGUUUACCCACGCUUCUCAUUGGAUACGAUCGGUGAACUCGAGCGCAGGCAGAAGCGAAUUGCAAGCAUAGUGAACCACAAUAUCCUUUCGGCCAAUAGUACCAUCUCUGAAGAAUGCCGCUCGCGUUAUGUAGCUGGGCUGGAGCGCGCGCUGCACAUGUGCGAUCACAUACUCGACUUGAGCAAUCAAGAUAGCGAACGCAAAGCUCAAGUCGAGUACAUCAAGACGUUAUCCACAGUUGACUUGGCCUUCCUGUUCGAGACAGCCUGGAUGGGAUCCGUUGGAUGGGCCCGGAGCCGGGGCGCUGACGCCGCCACGGAUCCGGACUACCUACACAAGAUGCUAGCUUUUGAAGAACUUGUCCUGAGGCAGGGCUCGGUGUUCCUGUGGGGCUUGACACAAGGCUCGGAUAAGUUCUACAAGCACUCAAUACGACAAAUGGAGAUGGUGGCCGCCGAGAUACAUGAUUGGGAGUUUAACAAUGGCCCCAAGCUGCCAUCACUUCGCUUGGCAGUCGUUUACACUUUUGUCGACAAAAAGAAGUGCACUUUAGCCAACUUCACCCAACAUAUGGCUGCUAUUGUCGAGAGAGAAAUCAAAGGCCCGCUGCCGCCGGCAGGCAAAGAGGUUAUCAAGGGCAAUUACCAGCAAACUUGA